AGGAGUCUGCAAACUUUCACUUCGAGGGCAUUGUGGGAAGCAGCCAUGGUCUGAGGCGGGCUCCUCACCUGUCAGCCGCGCCGGCUCCUGCGCUCGCCUCUGGCCCUCGCGUCCAUCACCGCGCUCACCUCUCGCCGGCCGGGGGCCGCGGCGGCCCGGCCACCAUGAUACAUUUCAUACUGCUCUUCAGUCGACAAGGGAAAUUACGGCUGCAGAAAUGGUACACUACUCUCCCUGACAAGGAAAGGAAAAAGAUCACCCGGGAAAUCGUUCAGAUUAUUCUCUCCCGUGGUCAGAGGACAAGCAGUUUUGUUGACUGGAAGGAGCUAAAGCUUGUUUAUAAAAGGUAUGCCAGUUUGUAUUUUUGCUGUGCAGUAGAGAAUCAGGACAAUGAGCUCUUGACGCUAGAGACUGUGCAUCGUUAUGUGGAGUUGCUGGACAAAUACUUUGGAAAUGUCUGCGAGCUGGAUAUUAUCUUUAAUUUCGAAAAGGCUUACUUCAUCCUGGAUGAGUUUAUAAUGGGUGGAGAAAUCCAGGAAACAUCCAAGAAAUCCGCUGUCAAAGCCAUCGAGGAUUCUGAUAUGUUACAGGAGACAAUGGAAGAAUACAUGAACAAGCCUACGUUUUAACCACAUAUCAACUUGAAGACUCCAAGCGCUGCAUGUUGUGAACCUGUAAAUACGCAAUGCCUUGCAUCCAGUUAUUUGAUAGAGCCUUCUGCACCAAGCCAAAAAUAACUUAAAAGGGAUUCUUGUUAACUAAGAAAAGUUAAUGUUGUUUAACAUAAUAUAUUUAUCAUUAUUACAUGCCUGUAUUAUAUUGUAUAUGACUACUUGGGUGUUUAACUGCUUUAUAACGCAAUAGACUGAAUAUUUGUUUGCAAUGUUUUAACUCCAUGUCAUAUUUUUGAGCUAUUUUAAAUAAAUCUGUUGCAAUAUACUUGUUGCAUUUGACCCUCUGCGGACAGGCUGAAACUGUAUUGUAAUAAUCCAUGAUUUUGAAUGUAAAGUGUAUCUUCUAUCCAUAAUAAUUUUUCUAGAUGUUUAGCUUUUUAAAUUGUAUAAUAAUUCAAAAUUAUGUUAAUAGUUCAGAGGACAUUUUUAAUACACUUAAUACUGUAAUUUUAGUCCAGAUACAAUGUAUCUGAUUUUAAUGUCCUGAAUUCAUUAAUUUUUUUCAGGACUGGAAUUAAGGAAAAUAACCAAAGAUAGAAUAGGAUAUAAGUGUUUUUGAUGCCUUGGAAGCUGCUAUCUAGGCUGAGAUUUUAAUUUCACCUUCUGAUUGAAUAUAAGGGGCAUUCCAGUAAGAUGUGUUUUUUACAAACUACGUAUUUAUUAAGGUUUUGGGACAUCUGGAGAUAAAGUGUCUAUGACUUCUCUUAUAAAAGUAGUAUAGCAAAGAUUAAUAGCAGUAGCAGUAAUAAUUAUUACUACUACUAUUUUCAUUGUCUUUUAUGUUCCAAGCACUCUUCCUUGUUUGAGAAAUUUUGUUUCCAGUGUUUUCAUGUAUAUGGAAUAUAUUUGAACACUUAGUGUUUAUUAGGCUUACUUGGAGCACUUGAGAUUAUUGCAGCCUAUACAGUAGGUGCCUUUUCUCCUUUUUCCUUUCCUCAUCUCCUAAGAAGAUAUUUGCUCUGACUGUUACCAUCGUGACUAUGUCUCGUUCAUGCCUCCGGGAAUGAAAGUUCUAUGAAACUAGGUGGUUUAAGCGAUCAGACGUUCUCGGGAACCAGCUCGUGCCCUUCUGUCUCGGUGCCCCGCUUUUGAUGACUUACCUGUGCAUUUUCAGUGUUAGUUUUGAGGUCUAGUAUCACCAUUGCAAAGGUUAGGGUCCCUCUAGUGUUCUUCCUAAGAGAAGAGUGUUCCUGCUGUUGGAGAAUCCUCUUCGAUUCAUCCUGCCUGACAUAUUUAGGGGAAAAUGGCAAGACAAGAGUGGAAGAACAUGAGGAAAAAUUGACCAACUCCUCAGUAUAACCGUUAGUAAAAGGAAACAAGUCAGAUUAGUAUAUGGAGUAAUUAUGGGGCUUUUAAUAGGCAGUAUUUCCCCCAAUUAAUUAUAUAAUUGUAAUUAGGGCAUCAGAUUGAAGUUUGUCAUUUUUAUCACUUUGUUUACUUUAGAUCUUUGAUUUUGUGCUUUAGCUUUCUUUUUUUUAAAUAAAGCAGAACUCUUUAAAAAAACAUUUUGUAAAGGUAAACUUUAUGUAAGUGGAUCUAAGUUUUUCUGGUUCUUUUGAAGUUUUCCAAUAUUUUUGGAUGAAGGUACUGACUAAACCUUAUUUAGAUGUAUUCCACCUAUUCUGGGAAGUUUCACGUUAGACGUUUGAGCUACAGACAGGGUUCCUCAGACUUCGCGUGAGCAGCACACAUAGAAUAUGGGCAUAACGAUACGUCACUCGGGUGAAUUCAAGGGAUUUUGGGGACAUCUUACAUGGACCUUGGUGAAAAUAAUCAUUAUGUUUUCUUUAUAUUAUAUAAUUGUAAUAAAACUACCAAGUGAAAGAAAAGAUAAUAAAUAUUAAAUUUGUAUAAAACUUCCAAAUAAAAUUUUUUAAAUUUUUAAA